AUGAUUGCUAAUGGAAUGGUGGCCAAUGGUCUCAGAUUAUGGCUCUUGUUUGUGCUCCUGCCUUGCCAAGAUGUCUCUGCCAAACAGAACAAGGAAUCCAAGAAGUUUCCGUUUGUGCGACCUGAAGUGAUUCAUGGCGGCUAUAUUCCGCCACUGACAAACACUGUCAGCACCGGAUUGCAAAGACCAUUAUCACCAAGGAUACCGGUAUCCAAAGCAGCAACGAUUCCAACGGUUUCUUCUAGCACCAAGAGUGCCUUAUUCGCCAUUGGUGGUGCUAGCAGCUCAACUAGUCGAAGAAAUGAAAAUGAACACCCUAAGCGAAGAAUUCCAUUGACCGUGGCUGUCUCCUAUGUCUACUUGGCGACUGUCUUUACCAUGACGCUCAUCCCUGUUGUCCUCAUGCCGGUCGUGUCAUCGACAUCAUGCAAGGCUGCUGCUGCAGCAGGGGCUACUCCCGCUCAGAUCGCCUCGUCUGCCUCCUCCAUGGUGACAGCCAUUGCCUCUGUUGCUUCCUUGGGUGGGGCCGUCGGUCGGUUUGUCAAUGGAUUUGCUGUUCAAAUAUAUGGAGGCAAGUUCUCGUCAUCAUCUUAUUUGAUGGUCAUGGCCGGUUUUGUCACCUUGUUUGGGACGUUACCGCCACAAUCCACCAAUACGUACACCUACGCUGCAGUCCUGGCGGGGAUGGAGUUUUGUUACAGCAUUCAGUGGGCAGCUUGCCUCUACAUUUUAUCCAAUCACUAUCUUUCCGACUCAAGCAGCGAAAGCAAAACUAGGUUUGCCAAAAGUGUCACGUCCAUUUCACUUGGUAGUACCGUUGGAAUCCUCUCCUCCAAGGCUCUGGGACCAGCACUGCUGCAUCUGGUUUCUCCACGCAUUCUUGCUUUUAUCGGUGCCUUGGUGGCCUUGUCAGGUUCCUUGGUUAUGGGUCAAUUGGUACAAGAGUACCCUGACAACUAUCACAACAACAAAAGCAACAAGGAACCAUUCCACUGGUCACAAAUUCUGGAUUCCGUAAAGGCCAUUGGAGGCACCAAGCUCUUUUGGUUGGCCAGUGUGGGGCACGGCAUUGUCUAUCUUGCACGGCAGGCAGAUCGAGUGCUUGGUUCCUUCUUUGAGGUUGUCUCGGGCUUGCCUACAUCGCUAUGUGCCGGGUUGACAGCUUCAGUGACAUUGGGAUUUGUGCUAGGGUUGGUCACGGCCACUCGCAAGUGGCCCAGUUUAGAAACACCACAACAACAGAAUCGGUUCUUUAUGCAACGGUACGCCAUGGGUGUUCUGGCGUGUCUGGGGUUGGCGGUCGCGUCGAUUCCUUCUGCCAUGACCAUGCUGUCACCACAACUCAAAGCAGCCGUGGUAGUCCUGGCGUCAGGGUUGAUGGCUAUGGCAGUAAGUUACCAAUUCUACCAAUUCCCUCCAUUGAUUGCCAAUCUCUAUGGACGCAAUAAGGCUGUCGUGACGAGUUGGCUCAAUGGCAUGGGAUUCUUGAUUGCAGCACCGGUGUGGGCCAUUACAUCUCGGGUUGUCCGAGCAGCUCCGGGUGGUGUUGGAUGGGCUAUGGCAUGGACCAACAUUGCCGUGCUCUUUGGUAUAUCCGGAUUGUUGAUGACCAAAAUGGUUCUGCCGUCGGUUUUGGCGGGGACAGAAAAGCAAAAAGACACGUAG